AUGCCUAGCUUACAACCCAGGGCUGGUGGGCCUGACACAGACAGCCCGCUAGAAGGCCUGAGCAACCUUAGGUUACUCGAUUGGAUGAUGAUUAGGAGGAAUUACCUGGUACGCAUGGCUGAUAAUCUCGGCAUAGAGAUUCCUCUAGGGGGACCCAACACUGCUUCGCUACUAGACCAAGUGCUGAGGUGUAAACAGCUCGAAGAGGAUAUGCAUGACAUUGAGCCAAGAACCGGACUGAUGGGAUUUUUCUGCUAUGAUGUGCAGCAAUUUGCGACGGAUUUCGUCGGCGAGUUCAAUUUUGACUACCCAGCGUCGAAGCUUAGCAGGCUGCGGACUUGCCCAAUAACACAAUGGGAGCUAAGCCGCGAUCUUGCUGACUUGGAAGAACAUCAGCGGGAGUUCAUGUGGCGUUGCGAGUCAUUUCCGACUGCGAAGGACGACUUGGAACCUCUUACGGUGGAGAAAGGAAGGUUCUUUCAAGUUCCCCCAAGCGUGUUGAACAAGCUUGACAAGCUCAGCCAGGAGUUUCGCGGGGAUGCGCUUCGGGGACUCCAAGAGAAGUACCCUCUGGCCAAAUCUUUCGUCCACGAAGCGAUUGUUGAACGGAUGUUCGACAUCUGGCGGCUCCUUACUUGGCGUCAACGAGGAAAUCAUCUCGGUGAUUCUACUAGAAAACCGGGAAUCCCCCAGGCGGCUCCUGCUCCUACAACGACUCUCUUACCCCCUCCUCCGAAAUUCCCUGCAGUCGCGAAAGAGGUUCUGUGUCCCUACUGCAGCGACAUGAUUCCAGUCUCAAUCUGCCGGACCGUGCCGUGGAAGAGUCAUAUUCUCCAUGACUUUCGCCCUUAUGUAUGCAUCAAGUGGGAUACGUGCAAAAAGGCGUUUGUAUCCGCGGAGAACUGGGAGAAACAUAUGUUGAAUCACACUCAGUACUGGGGAUGCGAUGAGCAAGCGUGUCAGGGUUUCUCUAUUCCAUUAUGGGGAUACAGAGACAGGAUUGAGGAGCAUUGCCGGGUGGUGCAUGGUUGGGCCGAUUUGCCACCUCCGUCUCUCAACGAACGGCCCGCUGCCAAGCUCGAAUACAACGAGUGCCCUCUUUGUCAGGAGCCUUUCCCAGAGAAUGGUGACUCGGCGCAAAUCAAAUGGCAUAUUGCAGGGCAUCUGUAG